AUGUCUUCUUCCCUGAAUCAUACCAACCUUGUUCUUAUUCCGAAGGAAGCCUCACCUGAAACAAUCUCUCAAUUCCGUCCUAUCGCUCUGUGUAACUUCGCUUACAAGGCGAUGGGUGCAUUUGAUGAUGCAAUGUGUUUCUACUACGUCUUUUACCGUGCUAUUGAAUGGGGCUCGCUAAGGUUGGUGGGAUUGAAGAUUAGGAGACGAAACCCUGUUAUUUCGCAUCUCUUCUUUGCUGAUGACUCUCUUUUCUUCCUCAAGGCUAAGGAUGGCUGUGUAAGGGAAUUCCUCAGGACUCUUCAAUGCUAUUGUGCUUCUUCAGGUUAA